AUGGCUGUACUUACAAAGGUGGCUGUCAUAGGGGGAACUGGCGACCUCGGCCAUAUCAUCGUAGAGCGUCUUAUUGCCGCCGGCAUCUUCGACAUCUCAGUUGUCACCCGAGCCUCCCGAGACACACGAGCCAAAGCCCUCCCCCUCGGCGCCAAGGCCGUAGAGGCCGAGUACGAAUCACUCGACAGCCUGACUGAAGCAUUCAGGGGCUUCGACGCGGUUGUCUGUACACUUCCUGGCCAUCUCGAGGCUCUUCUUCUCCGAGUCCUUGACGCAGUCAUUGCUGCGGGCGUAAAGCGCUUCAUACCAUCAGAGUUUGGCUCAGAUCACCGUCAACCGGCCGCCCACUCCUCACCUCUCUCGGCGAGCAAGAUCAAAGUCGACGAGGCCCUACAAGCAGCCGCCGCCGCGGGCCAAAUCGAAUACACGUCUAUCUUGGGAGGGCCAUGGAUUGAAUGGAUCAUGACGUUUGAGGAGGGCAUGAGCAUCCCCAAGCGGAAGUUUUAUCGUCAUGACGGAGGGACUAUCCCGUUUGGUCUGACUACGCGAAGUGCUUUUGGCGACGCUGUUGCGGGCGUGCUCAGACAUCCCGAAGAGACGAAGAACCAGACAUUCACCAUCGAGGUUAUCAGUUUAACUCAGAACCGCAUCCUGGAACUUGUCAAAGAGGCCCUACCGGAAGUAGAACUCGAAAUAAUCGAAGUCAACACCAUGGAACGCUACGAACGAGGCGUCAAGAAGCUUGUCUCGGGCAUCUUUGACCUGUCGGUCGUGGGAGACAUAGUUUUGAGAUUCGUUUUCGAUUCGGAGCUACAGCUUACGUCCGAUACCCAGAAGGCCAAUGAGUUGCUCGGUGUUGAGACCAUCACCGAAAAACAGUUCCAGGAGAUUGUCAGAUCCUUGGCUUGA